GUAAUCGUUUCACUGCCUAUCAGAAUCAUCUGUCUAAGGAAUGUUUCUUCAGCCGCUUUUCCAAUUUGAUUUUCUCCUUAGAUACAUUGGAAUUAUACCGCAUUGAUAAUGACACAAGGACUCCUAUCACCUUGAUUAAAAAAGGCAUUGCGUGGUGGACAGAUAAAAAUGUAAAGUUCAGGAAUCCUACGGGAGAUGGAAAUAACUUAACUGCGCUUUUCCAAGGCACAACCAAGCCUGUCAACUGGCCCAAGCCAGUGUACAUGCUGGACUCAGAGCCUGACAACAACGGCUUUAUCAACGAAGACUUCAUCGUCUGGAUGCGUACCGCAGCUCUGCCAACCUUUCGCAAGCUGUAUCGUCUCAUUGAAAGGAAGAAUAAUUUACAGCCUACCUUACAGGCCGGAAAAUACUCUUUGGAUAUCGCGUACAAUUAUCCCGUACACAGUUUUGAUGGACGGAAAAGAAUGAUCCUAAGCACCAUCUCGUGGAUGGGAGGCAAAAAUCCCUUUCUGGGAAUUGCCUACAUCACCGUCGGGUCCAUAUGCUUUUUCUUAGGGGUCGUCUUGCUGAUCAUCCACCACAAAUACGGGAAUCGAAACACUAGUGCAGACAUUCCCAAUUAAUCUCGCGUUCUGAAUACAAAUGUACUGCAUGUGCAUCAAGGCCAGUCCAGGAUGGACCCAGUUUUUGAAAGAUAAAUCUCUGCUUCUGUCACUUCUGAGACUGGGUCCAUAAUUGUUAUCACCUAAAGCUCCCCUUUCCUACACUGUGGGUUAACUCUUGGAAAUGACGGGUGUACAGUUACCUGCAUUGACCGUACCUGCCCGUCAGCAACAAUUUCUCUGGUGUUUGCCUCUAAGCGGGCAGGCCACCCGAUGCACAUAGCUCCUGUUCCCUUGAUGCAUCUGCUGCUUGUUCAUGUGCUGUGUAACGUCGGUAUGAUUCAGUGCAUAUAGGUUGU